GAGUUUCUAACUGAUUGUUGUCUUGUAUAGCUUCUCUGUGCAUGAUCCUGCACUCUUACUUUCAUUGCUAAAAUUAACUAUACCACGGAGUUCAACUCAAUCCAAACAGGGACGUUUUUCUUCCCAAAAGCCUCAACCUUUGCAGGGGUCUUAAACAAUAAUAAAUAACACCAAGUAAAGAAGGGGACAUUUUGUGCAGGGAAUUCAUGGGCAACUGGAGGUUCAUGAACCACGCCGGGAAAAAACAGAUUUUUUUCUUCCAUUGAACCAGCAAUAGCACCGGUUAACACAGAAGAAGAAGAAGAAGAGAGCGCUGCAAGUAUUCACCGACCCGUUUCCUUCUUCCUAACAAGGGAAAAGCAUUGAUAGUUUAUUACAGUGAAUGGGUGGAUGGAGAGCCGGUGCUGCUCUUAUCUUCAAUCACAUCGCCAGGACGUCUAAACCUGUUCUUACCCUUUACCCUUCUCUCAAACUUCUCAAUCUCUAUCCGCCUUCAACCCCAUCUCUGCGUCUAUUCACUCUAAGGUCGUUUUCUGCAAUCGCGUCUCAGCUUUCGGUUUAUAGCAAUGAGUCCGAUUCUGGGUCUCGUGAUUUGUGUCAUAACUAUGGGUUUGGAGCCCAAGAAGAUGAGGAAAUGGGGAAAAUUCCUGUCAAAGCCUACUUUCUCUGUACCAGUAUCGAUUUGAAGGGCAUGCAAGCUGAAAAUUUAAGCAACGUUGUCCCCCCUACUUCUCGCUCAACAAAUUAUAUUGCCCUCAAAUAUUGCGAUUUUCCUUCAGAAGUCACAGCACUUGGAGUCAAAGGGGAUUGGAGUUGCUAUCGUUACAUGGUAGUUUUCCAGUAUGGAUCUGCAGUUCUGUUCAAUGUUGAGGAUCAUGAAGUAGAAGCUUACCUGGAGAUAGUUCGAAGAUAUGCUUCUGGUUUGCUUCCAGAGAUGAGAAAAGAUGUUCAACUUGUUGGCAAGGCUAACUCAAAUCUAGCUGAUGUGAUUCUGAAAGUUGGUCUUUUUGAGAGAUCAGAAAUUGCUUGGAGGGAUGCAAAAUAUGCUCAAAUAUACGAGUACCUCAGGGAGGAGUAUGAGGUUACACAACGCUUUGGGAAUCUUGAUUUCAAAUUAAAAUUUGUGGAGCAUAACAUUCAUUUCCUUCAAGAAGUUAUGCAAAAUAGACGAUCAGAUCUCUUGGAAUGGUGCAUCAUUUUCCUGUUAAGUAUCGAGAAUAUUAUAGCUAUAUAUGAGAUUGUACGUGAAUCAACUGGAGUUUCACUCUGAUUCGAGCAAAUGAGCAUAAGUGGAACACCGAACGACAGCUAUUCGCAAAUUUAAUUCAUUCACAGAAAGUCAUUGUUAUAAUUUAUUUUCCAAUAAGUUACCUGAAAUAUACGACACAAAAAUUUGUUGAUGUCCCCUUGAUUAUACUUCUUUAAUUUGUAGAGUAGUAUAAAUCCUAUGCAUUUUGGUGGCUCAACAAUAUUUGAUUGAUGGAAAUGUAAAUAUAGAUUUGGGUUA